CGUGAGAUACAUAUAGCGAACAAAUAAGGCCGACCAAAUAAUACACAGAUCGGGAAAAAUGGUCCUGAGAGUCUCUCUUCUCACUCUUUUCCUCCUCUUCCUCCUCCAUUGCUGCCCAGAAGCCAUUGCUCAAGGAGAUGGAGAGGACCCAACUACCAAAACCAUGGAGGAUUUUUCUGGCUACCCGAUUCGUGAACCCAACUUCCCAUACUCUUUGUCUUCACUGUCAGUGGACACUCAGAGUCUGCAGAAACAGAUUGAUGAGUUGUCAACAUUCUCGGAUACACCUUCCCCAUCAGUGACCAGGAUCCUGUACAGUGAGAAGGAUGUCUUGGCUAGGAGGUAUAUCAAAAACUUAAUGGGACUUGCAGGUCUCUAUGUUAGAGAAGAUGCGAUUGGUAACAUAUUUGGUCGGUGGGAUGGCUAUGAACCAGAACUGGCUGCUGUUUCAACAGGUUCUCAUAUUGAUGCAAUUCCUUAUUCUGGAAAGUAUGAUGGAGUUGUUGGCGUUUUGGGUGCAAUAGAAGCUAUUAAUGUGCUGAAAAGGUCUGGCUUCAAGCCUAGAAAGUCAUUGGAAGUGAUCAUGUUCACUUCUGAGGAGCCUACACGUUUUGGGAUCAGCUGCUUGGGAAGCCGCCUAAUGGCGGGGAGUGAGGAACUUGAGAGAGCUCUCAAGAAAACAGUUGAUAAAGAAAAUAUAUCCUUUCUUGAUGCUGCAAAAUUUGCUGGGUAUGCAAAAGGUACAGAAGACUUAUCCAGUGUCUUUCUAAAGAAAGGAAAGUAUUCUGCUUUUGUGGAGUUGCAUAUAGAGCAGGGUCCUAUUCUUGAGGAGGAAGGUAUUUCUGUUGGUAUUGUGACUGCAAUUGCUGCUCCUGCAAGCAUCAAAGUGGAUUUUGAAGGAAAUGGAGGCCAUGCAGGCGCUGUCUUAAUGCCAAAUAGAAAUGAUGCAGGACUGGCUGCUGCAGAGUUAGCACUAGCUGUGGAGAAACAUGUGUUAGAAUCUGGAUCUAUUGAUACUGUUGGUACAGUUGGCAUUCUUGCACUACAUCCGGGAGCAAUCAACAGCAUCCCAAGCAAGUCACACCUGGAAAUAGAUACACGGGACAUUGAUGAAAGUCGGAGAAACAACGUGAUUAAGAAAAUCCAUCAAUCUGCCAUGGCCAUAGCUGAUAAACGGGGUGUCAAGCUCUCAGAAUUUCAAAUUGUGAAUCAGGAUCCACCAGCCCUUUCUGAUGAAUCAAUAAUUAAGGCCAUGGAAGCUGCAUCACAAGAGCUGAAGUUGUCCCAUAAGUUGAUGAUAAGCAGAGCUUACCACGAUUCACUGUUCAUGGCCAGAGUAUCUCCUAUGGGAAUGAUAUUUAUUCCAUGUUACAAAGGAUAUAGCCAUAAGCCAGAAGAAUAUGCUUCCAUCAAGGAUAUAUCAAAUGGAGUCAAGGUUUUGGCUCUAACCCUUGCCAGGUUAUCCCUGUACUGAACCCUCAACCCUAGUUCUUUUUGAGCUCUGUUUAUAACACUUCUCCUGAGGAUCUGGAUGGAUUUGACAAAUAAAUCUCAGCAUAGGAGAUUUUUCAUUCAACUUGAAACUGUAAUGACAUUAAACUGAUUCACUUCCAGACUUUUCUUAAAGAAUAGAUCUGUUGUAUUCC